AUGGAGAGAAUAAAGGGAGAGAAUCAGGGAGAGAAUCAAGGGCUUCUAACAGGAUCAUUAUCCUGGUUGGCAGUGUUGCACCUUCGCAACAAUAGUUUCUUUGGAACUUUCCCAACUUUGUUGAAGAAUUGCAGCAAACUGAUUUCUUUGGAUCUAGGGAACAAUCAAUUUUCAGGAACAAUUGCAUCAUGGGUUGGACAACACUUGCCAAAUUUGAAGAUUCUUGUUCUUAAAUCAAAUAAGUUCUCUGGUCAAGUUCCCUUUCAAAUAUGUUACAUGAGGUUAUUACAAGUCUUAGACCUUGCACAAAACAAGUUGACAGGACAAAUACCCAAAUGCAUCAGCCAUUUGAGUGCUAUUUCAAUAGUAAAUAGCAGUUCAGAAUCAUACAUUCGUUGCAAUGGAGCAAACAACAAAAGGCAUCUGGUUCUUGAGGAGCUCCUUUCCCUAAAAGGAAGAGUUGAUUAUUAUAGAGCUAUUCUUGGUCUCAUCACAAGUAUUGACCUUUCAAGCAAGAAAUUAUCUGGAGAGAUACCAAUGGAAAUCACAAGACUUAAGGGGUUACACUUUCUAAAUGUUUCCAAUAAUUGUUUAAGCGGUCAAAUUCCAAAAGCUUUUGGGAACUUGGAGUCACUAGAGUCUGUCGAUUUCUCAAGGAAUCAUCUUGUUGGUGAAAUCCCACAAAGCAUAACCAAGUUAAGCUUCUUGAGCUUUUUGAACUUGUCAAGAAAUGAUUUGGAGGGAAGAAUUCCUACAGGGACACAAUUGCAAAGCUUUGAAGCAUCUAGUUUUGCUGGCAACAACCUUUGUGGUCCUCCUCUUACUAAUAAUUGCACUUCAAGUGAUCCAGAUCAAGAUGAUAAGAAUGGUGAUCAUGGGGAGGGGAUUGAUUGGUUUUUUGUAAGUAUGACAUUGGGGUUUGUGGUGGGAUUUUGGGUUGUGGUAGGUCCUUUCUCUACAAUAGAUCAUGGAGAUAUGUUUAUUUCCAAUUUCUAG